AUGAUACCUCGCAGCGAUCGGAUGCUCUUCCGCGCCGAAGACAUUCCGACGAUGUCUUGCAAGAGUCCUCCUCUCCACUCCUCCAAGAUAAAGGCAUUCAAUCGCAUGCCGCCGCCUACAACCACAGCUACUCGCUGCAGCAACGGAAAGCGAGUGACUGCUGGCAAGGAACCACGUAAACCCCGCAUUGAUGCGCCCGCUACGCCCUGGCGACCGCGUAUCUCUCGCAAGACCCCAUCCGCCGCCCUCAACGAGCACGAUCAACCGAGUCCACUGGACCGCAAAGCUGCCGGCUCCACACUCGAUUUUGAACUCGGUUCAAAACUCGCACCGGCCACAAUCUCCCCUGCUCCGACGUCGGCGACUUUGGUGACUGAAGCCGACAACGGCGAUCAGCCGAGGAUGGCGGCAGACGCAUAUCGACGCGAUGAUCAACAGCCCCCAACGCCUCGAUUGGAACAGGGCGAAAAUUGGCGCACUGACAGGUGGCGAUUGUUGCGCCCCGAGACGAGCGAUUACAUUGGUCAACACGCCUUUCGGCCUGACACGGUCCGACAGCAGCCGCCGGCAUUCAGACACUUCCCUCGCGCCUCGACGCACGGGGUCGAAGGAGCUGCUUACCAAGCAUCGGCCAGACGCGAAAUGGAUAUGAGCGACGAGACCAACGUCUACGUUAAUGGCCUGCCGACCGAGAUGAACGACCAUAUGCUGUACCUUCUCGGCUCAGCAUGCGGAGUGGUGAUCAGUCACAAAUCGAUGAUUGAUCGACAGACUGGGAUGUGCAAAGGGUUUGGCUUCCUCAUGUACGCCAGUAAUGAGAUGGCCAGACAUGCCGUCGAGUGGCUCAACUCUCACGGUUUCAUCGCUUCCUUCGCUAAGGAAUCGUUUUCAGCCAGACUCCGUCGAAUGGCAGACACCUCCUCGACCAACGUCUAUCUGAGCAAUCUUCCCCUCAAGUUCACCGUUCUGCAGCUCGAACAGCUGUUUGCGCCCUACCCGAUCGCAAGUCUCAAGAUCCUCUACGACGUCCAUGGCGAAAAUCGAGGAGUAGGCUUCGUUCGACUGUUCGACCGUGCCACGGCCAAGGAGUGCAUCGAGAGGCUGCACGGCAGAAUGCUGCCGGGAACGACGCUGCCGCUGCAGGUAAGGUUCGCGGACAGCGAAGCGCAGAAGCACCUCAAACACAAUGUGAGCCAGAAGCAAACAUUGGAGUCGCUUGGAUUGUUCCCUUCUCAACGCAAUCCGCAUCAUCCGAUGAUGGCCGCUGAUACGCGUGGCCCUGAAAGCUUUUGGCAGCACGGCGCAGCGGAGCGGAUCAGGUCGGCAAGCGAGUUGAAUGUUGCUGUAGCACAUGCUCGACUCAACUCUCACUCUCUGCACGGUCCGCCCCUGCCGAUGUCGAAUCCCCCCUUCGCUGAUCAGAGCAAAAUGGGCAGAGUCGGGCUCGGAAUUCACUGGCCGGACUCUGCGGCGUGGCCUCUCACGCACUCAGCACCUACGCUGCCGUCUGGCAUGAUCCCGUCCGAAACGGCUGCGAGGGUGAUGGUCUCUGGUGCCGAGGGCGGCACCUUCGAACGCCCGUACUUCAUGUCGCCCGUUGCCGGUAGGGAGUGGAUUGAAGACAAACCAUUCGGUGGCCAUCCCGCCGGCUAUGCAGCUGUUCCAUUCAUUCCGCCUCCUGGUCUGACUCCAGCUCACCGCCACGCCCACUACAUGGAGCACCGCGAUGCCACCUUCAAGAGUGGGAACGAAGCUCCGACCCCGACCCUCAAGCCUGGCUACGGUGGCAGCCGACAUAUGCGCAACCGAAACAGAGACAAUGCCCGCGAUCUUGCUAGCAAGAGCGACUCGACUGGUGUGCGAGCCGUGUCGGACCCCAUGGCGAUGCUCGCUGCCCAGACGCGAAUCCGCGCAGCACUCGGAAUGCCCGACCGCGUGCGCGCUGCUGUGUCGGCAGACAACUCGAUCGAUGAAGGUCCCGAGGCGGUCGCAGACACGUCGAUCGUCAGCACGACCAGCCCAUCCGGCAGCAGCGAUGUAAGCUGUGACGAGGACGACAGCCUCAGUGUCGAGAUCCAGAUCCGCGACCUCAGGCUCGGACACUGA